CAUCAACUGCUGCCACCUUAUUCAUUGUCUUACAGCCUUGUUCUCGCGCCUGCUCUACCUUAACUAACAGCGCUAAGCUCCGGUACUUGCUAGGAACCCACCAUCUGAUUCACAAGACUCCGUUUCACAGCCCCUACUCUCCCCGCGAUGGAGAACCAGAAGAUCUCCGACUUCCUGGCGGACCAGCUUCAGCAAGCUCCCGAACAAUGCCAGGCCUACUUCCUCACCUUCGAAGAUUACUGGGAGCGGAAAUUAUGGCACCAGCUUACCGACUCCUUAAUUGAAUUCUUUCGCCUUUCAGAGAGCGCCCCGCAGCGGUUACCGAUAUUCAAGACCUUCGUGCUCAGCUUCGCCGACAAGAUCAACCAGCUGAAAUUCGUCUCGUUGGGGUUGAUGGCAUCGACAGAAUGUGCAGAUGACAAAGAACGCCUCUCUUUCCUCACAUCCCUCGCCGACAAGGUGAACAAGCCCGACACACAAGAAGCUUACAUAUAUGCCCUUGGUGACGUCGCCAAUGUCAAGCAACGGCUCAACGACUUGGAUGGAGCACAGAAAGACCUGGAAACGUGUCAGAAGGUCCUGGAUAAUUUCGACUCGGUCGAGACCGUUGUCCAUGCCUCCUUCUAUAAAGUCAACGCUGACUAUUACCAUAAAAAACAAGAAUUCGCCUCAUUCUAUAAGAACGCCCUCCUCUACCUCGCCUGCAUCAACCUAGAGGAUCUUAGCGAAUCCGAGCGUGUCUCUCGCGCGUACAAUCUUAGUGUCGCAGCCCUCUCUCCGACUCUAUCUACAACUUUGACCCCCCACAACUGGCUCCGCGACCUCCUCUUCGCCUUCAACCGCGGCGACCUCACUGCCUAUGACGUCCUUGCCGGCAACAUCUCCAAGAACCAGCUCCUAGAACAACAUCGUUUCUUCCUCUACCAGAAGAUCUCCCUCUCGGCCCUCACGGAGAUGGUCUUCCGCAGACCCCCGCAUGACCGGAACCUGACCUUCGCGGCCAUCUCAUCCGAGACGAAGGUGAAGCCCGAGGAGAUCGAACACUUGAUCAUGAAGGCUCUGUCUUUGGGUUUGCUGAAGGGCGCCAUCGACCAGGUGGCUGGAGUCGCGCAGAUCAACUGGGUGCAGCCGAAGGUUCUGGACAUGACCCAGAUUGAAGGCAUGCGGAAUAGACUGAAGGACUGGGACGCAGGCGUCAACCAACUGGGCCACUGGAUCGAGGGUGUUGGUAAGGAUGUGUGGGCUGCAUGA